UAAGACUCAAAGCUGCAGUUCCCCUUCAGUGCUGGUUGGGAGAGGGUGCAGUCUCCUUGUCCAGCAUUCGUGUGUUGUCAAUAGAGCAAAACUAACCCACAAGAGAUGCCUUCGUCAGGAGAGCCAACGACCUUGGCCAGCGGGCACGUAGCGGUUCCCCUGGAAACAGAGGACAUGAAGCGAAUCUACAGGAAUUUUCCGACGUUUACCGACGGCGCCUCGAGGCUGUACCCCGGGCGGUGGCUCCUGCUGACGGGGUUCAAGGACGUGGCUGAUCGGAUCUAUAACUUCAAGAUACGCGAGUCGGAUGUAGUGAUUGCGACCUUCCCCAAGAGCGGUACAACGUGGUCGCAGGAGGUGGUUUGGUCGAUGUUACACGACCCGGAUUUAAAGGAUGCUCCUCGCAGUCCACUCAUGGAUCGGCCGCCGUAUUUAGAGAUGGAAGUGGACCAAUGGCCGGCCGAGGUCAAGUCUUUCGUCCCGCCGCUGUUCCACGCCAUGUGCCCCGGAGGAGAUGCUUCGAGGGGGACCGUGGUGCAGAUGCUCGAGGUGGAGAAGGAGCCGAGGGUCAUCAAGACUCACCUGCCUCUCUCGCUGCUGCCUCCCGACACCCUGGACAAGGCCAAGGUGGUUUACGUGGCGCGGAACCCCAAAGACUUAGUGACGUCAUUCUACGACUACAGCAGGACCCAGAAACGACUUCAGUUCCAAGGAAGUCUGGAAGAGUUUGCCGACUACUUCAUGCGAGAUGAGUUGAGAUUCUGCCCCUACUGGGAACAUCUCCGGGAGGCGUGGCAGAAGAGGGACCACCCGAACCUGCACUUCAUCUUCUUCGAGGACCUGAAGAAGGAUUCCGUGCGAGAGUACAGGAAGCUUGACGAGUUUCUGGGAUCCAGGCUGAGCGAGGAGCAGCUGGCUCGCGUGAUGGAACACACCAGCUUCUCGAGCAUGAAGGCGCGCGACGAGGCUUUGGGGAAGUGCGACCAGAUCAUCUCGGAGGGAAGCUUCUUCAGAUCGGGCCAGGCCGGGAGCUGGAAGCAGAAACUUAGCCCUGAUUUGGAAAACAAAAUUGACACAUGGACCAAAGAAAACGUUGCAGAUUUUGGGAGUGACUUUAAAUAUUUCAUAUCAUAGUUUCUCUUCACUUUAAAGGUAGAAAGAGAUUACAUAAUAAUAAUACUCAUUAUGUUGAUAUGAUUGAGAGGUGAUGUAUAUAUGUAAUGCAGAUGAGGAAAGAAUAUAUAUUUGUAUAGUUCUUGAGAAUUAUUUUUAUGCAUUUGAAUAAACAUUUUUAUUGUACUUUGUCUAAAUACUCAGGAAGGGUAAUAAAAAUGUAUAUAUUCCAAAAA